UGAAAAAAAUAAAAGACCUGCCAAUGCUAUUGAAAUGUAUCUCAGAAAAGAAAUAGCAAAGUAGAAAAUUGUUCGUCAAAGAAAAAGAUAAAGUUUUUAAUUGAACAGUUUCUUAAAUCUACAAGAACUAUGGCGAGCUCUACGGCAAAACCUCAAAAAAUACCUAAAGUUGCAAAGGUUAAAAACAAAACUCCAGCGGAAAUUCAAAUUACUGCCGAGCAGUUAUUACGUGAAGCAAAAGAAAGAGACUUGGAAAUAUUACCCCCGCCACCCAAGCAAAAGAUAUCUGAUCCAGAAGAACUUGCUGAAUAUCAGUUACGAAAACGAAAAACAUUUGAAGAUAACAUUAGGAAAAAUAGAACUUUAAUUAAUAAUUGGAUUAAAUAUGCUCAGUGGGAAGAAAGUCAAAAGGAAGUCAAUAGAGCUCGUUCUGUUUAUGAAAGAGCUUUGGAUGUGGAUCACAGGAAUGUUACUUUAUGGUUAAAGUAUGCUGAAAUGGAAAUGAAACAUCGGCAAGUAAAUCAUGCUCGCAACAUAUUCGAUCGUGCUGUUACCAUCCUCCCUCGUGUUAACCAAUUCUGGUACAAGUACACUUAUAUGGAACAAAUGCUGGAUAAUAUUGCUGGAGCAAGACAAAUAUUUGAAAGAUGGAUGGAAUGGGAGCCUCAUGAGCAAGCUUGGUUGACUUACAUUAAGUUUGAGCUUAGAUUUAAAGAAAUUGAUCUUGCUCGACACAUCUAUGAGCGUUUCGUCAUUGUUCAUCCUGAGGUUAAAAACUGGAUUAGGUAUGCAAGGUUUGAAGAAACAAAUGGUUUCAUUUCUAGAGCUAGAUCUGUUUAUGAGCGUGCCGUUGAAUUUUAUGGUGAAGAAUAUAUGGAUGAAAAAUUAUUUGUUGCAUUUGCCAAAUUUGAAGAAAAUCAAAAAGAACAUGACCGUGUAAGAGUGAUAUAUAAAUAUGCCUUAGACAAGAUCCCAAAAGAAAAAGCACAGGAGCUUUUUAAGAACUACACCAUUCAUGAAAAAAAGUAUGGAGAUAGAACAGGGAUAGAAAAUGUGAUUGUUAGUCGAAGAAAAUAUCAAUAUGAAGAGGAAGCAAAGAAUAACCCCUUAAACUAUGACAAUUGGUUUGACUAUUUGAGACUAAUGGAAAGUGAAAGCAGUAUUGAAGCAACAAGAGAGGUGUAUGAGAGAGCAAUUGCAAAUGUGCCUAUAAAGAAAGAAAAAAGGUACUGGAGAAGAUAUAUUUAUCUCUGGAUAAAUUAUGCACUGUAUGAAGAGUUGACUGUGAAAGGUGUUGAAGAAGACAAAACAAGAGAAGUCUAUCUCGCAUGUUUGAAUAUCAUACCUCACAAGGUAUUUACGUUUGCAAAGGUUUGGCUUUUGGCUGCACAAUAUGAAAUUAGAGAGAAAAAUUUAACGGCUGCAAGAAAACUUUUGGGUAAAGCUAUAGGGAUGUGUCCGAAGGAUAAACUUUUCCGUGGCUAUAUUGAUUUGGAGAUACAGUUACGAGAAUUUGACAGAUGUCGUAUUCUUUACCAAAAGUUCCUAGAGUUUUCUCCCGAAAAUUGUACUACUUGGAUGAAAUUUGCUGAGCUCGAGACUAUUCUCGGUGACUUUGAACGAGCUAGAGCAAUUUAUGAAAUAGCAAUAAACCAACCCCGACUUGACAUGCCUGAGGUUAUAUGGAAAGCUUAUAUUGAUUUUGAGAUUGAGCAAGAGCAAUAUGAUUUAGCAAGACAAUUGUAUGAACGACUUCUAGAGAGGACACAACACGUUAAGGUAUGGAUAAGUUUCGCCAGAUUUGAGCUUGGCUGUGGAGAAGGUCAAGAUGCAGUUUUACAAGCUCGACAUACCUACGAGAAAGCAAAUAAGGCCCUGAGAAGUUCAGGAGAGAAAGAAGAGCGAGUCAUGCUGUUGGAAGCAUGGAAGGAUUUUGAAGAACAAUAUGGAGAUGAAGAAAGCAAACUUGAUGUGGAAAAACAAUUUCCGAAGAAAGUCAAAAAGCGUAGAAAGAUUGAAUCCGAUGAUGGGACUGAUGGUGGCUGGGAGGAAUACUAUGAUUACAUAUUCCCAUCAGAUGAAGUUACCCAACCACAUCUUAAGUUGCUUGAAAUUGCAAAGAAAUGGAAAGCGACCCAAGAAAAUUCCAGUGCUGAAAGCUAGACUUUGCUGUAUCUGGAUUUUGUAUAUUUUUGUAAAAAGUUGUAAAUAUUUAAUCUGUGAAAUUAAUAUUUUUUGUAACGAU